UAACUGAACUGACUCAACAUGUUGAUUUGUCGGAGCAUCCUGGCAGUCCGUCCAAUAUAUAUCUCCACACUCUCUCCCUCACUGACACGAUAGAUACAUUCCCAUCUCUCUCUCUCUCUACUGUAGAAUGUUAGUGGUCCCAUACUUCUACUCCUCUGUGUACCUUCCUUCUCCACGGUUCCAAAUAGAAACUCGUAUUGCAUUUCUUUGUCUUUCGUUCCUUUUUCCCAAAUUCUCUUUUUCUUUUUCUUUUUUCUUUUUUUUUUUUGUAAAGAAAAUCAUAAAGUUUCUUUUUUGUUUCUUGCUUAUACCAAAAGUUUGAGCAUUCCAACAUUGAAAUCAAGGAUCUUAAAGUGUAAGCCAUUAGACCCACAUGCAGAUUCUGAGACAUUUUUGUUUAUUGGUUGUCAUUUGCACUGUUUUUAAUUUGCAUAAGAGGUUUUUGCAAAGCUUUUUGGGGUUUCUGGUUAUGGACUGCGCUUCAUGUUUGACGUUUCUGAAUCAGGGAAAUGGGUUUGGUUGUGGGUUUUUCGUGUUUGGGUAUUUCUCACAUGUUUUCAAUUUUUUGGGGUUGUUUUAUAUAAUUGGUUUGUGUUUGAAGUUUUUGCAAUUUGGUUGGCACGGUAAGGAUUUGAUGCAAUUUUUGUGUGAAUUCAGAGGGAAAUCAAGUGGUUUUAGAAAUGGGGUUCCUCUAAAAAGUGGUGCGGGUGAAGUAUCUGAUUCAAAGAUUAUGCCUUGUGAGCGUGAAUCGUUGAAAUUGUUGGAGAAUUCAAAGUCACAGAAACAGGCUGUGAAUUCAAAUGGUGAUGCUUUGGAAGAGAAUGAUGAUGACAAAAAAGAAUGCCAUGGUGAAGAUGAAGAAUUUGAUGUAAUGGCGUUGAGAAAAUUGUUGAAGAUAGAGAGGCAGCGAGCAAAUGGCUCUUAUGCAGAGCUUGAGAAGGAAAGAAUGGCGGCUGCAUCAGCAGCAGAGGAGGCAAUGGCCAUGAUUUUGCGGCUUCAAAGAGAGAAAAGCUCAAUAGAAAUUCAAGCCAAUCAAUACCGCAGAUUGGCUGAGCAGAAGCAGCAAUAUGACCAAGAAGUGAUACAAUCUUUGCGAUGGAUUGUGAUGAAACACGAGUCUAAUAGGAGUUUGUUGGAAGAUCAAUUGAGGUUUUGUAGGCAAAAGUUGAAGCUUUGUACUAUGAAGGGAAAUGAAGUGGAUCAUGGACCUGAAGGAGUUGAUGCAAGUAUGAGAUUUUUGAAUUCCAGUACAGAACAUGGUUUUGAUGAUAUGCUAAUUAGUUCUCUUGACAUGGAUUCCUCAAUGUUGUAAGUUAUUGUGCAUAUCUUGAAUAAUAAUACAUUGAUGUAUCCUUUCUUCCAAUAUAAAUUUUAGUUUAUAAAUGUAA